AUGCAAGGAGGAAUCAAAGCAAUCUUCUCCUCGAAUGGUGGUCUUCUCAAGAAUGCUAUUCUUCGCCAUGUCCGUGUGGCUCCACCAGCCAUGACGAGGACUCCGAUUUUCGCACGCCACGAGUCAACCUCUACGGCCCGUAUCGAAGAGCACGGUUUUGAGAGCACCACAAUUUCUGAUGUUCUGAAAGCCAAAGGGAAGGGCGCAGAUGGGUCGUGGCUCUGGUGCACGACUGAUGACACUGUGUAUGAAGCCGUGAAAUCGAUGACUCAGAACAAUGUUGGAGCUCUGGUGGUGGUUAAACCAGGGGAGGAAAAGUCUAUUGCGGGAAUUAUCACUGAAAGAGAUUACCUCCGGAAAAUAAUCGUCCAGGGAAGGUCAUCCAAGUCGACAAAGGUUGGGGACAUCAUGACUGAAGAGAACAAACUUAUUACCGUCACACCAGACACUAAAGUUUUGAAAGCAAUGCAGCUGAUGACCGAUAACCGUAUAAGGCACAUUCCCAUCAUAAACGAAGGGGAGAUGAUUGGGAUGGUGUCGAUUGGUGAUGUUGUUCGUGCAGUUGUGAACGAGCAUCGAGAUGAACUGAACCGUCUGAAUGCUUUUAUCCAAGGAGGUUACUGA